GACAUGAUCUGGCAUCUCCUAUAUCAAUCCCCAUUAUAAUACACACCAUCAAAUCUCUCUCCUCGUACCUAAACUGGCACCACUUCCCCUGAGCACUACCAAAACCCUAAAAAGUUUUCAACCUCCUCGAACGACGAUAGUCUCUGAUUUCAAUAUCGCGGCUUGUAAACAGUCAAAAAGACAAAAGAAACAGAAAUGAGCGACGACGAGAUUGCGCUUGGAGACGAGACCUCGCUGUUUGAAGAGCCCGAGGAUUAUUACAAGAAACCUGAGCCGCCGUCGUUUGAUACUUAUGAACGGAAACCCGAAUUCGUCACAGAUGGCCAACCCUCAAAAAUAAACCUCAGACUGGUAGGCAAAUCCCCUCUCUGGGGCCACCUCCUCUGGAACGCCUCAAAAGUGACCGCAAACUACCUCGACAAACACGCGUCCGCCCUCCUCACAAACAAAACCGUCCUCGAGCUCGGCGCCGGCGCUGCCCUCCCCUCAUUCAUCGCCGGCAUCCACAACGCCAGCCGCGUCGUCAUCACCGACUACCCUGAGGUUGAGCUCAUCCAAAAUAUCGAAUACAACGUCGCCCACGUCGACGGCAUCGACAAAGACACGUUCACCGUCGCCGGAUAUGUCUGGGGCAACGACGAGACUCCGCUGAAAGAAUACCUCGGCCAAGACAAGGCCAGCGACGGCUUCGAUCUCGUCAUCCUCUCCGACGUCGUCUUCAACCACUCCGAACACGCAAAACUACUAAAAACAUGCUGGAACACCCUCUCGCGCUCAAACAAGGACGCAAAGAUCUUUGUCGUCUUCACACCCCAUCGCGCUCGCCUCGUCCAUCGCGACUUUCAGUUCUUUACCGAUGCCGAGGCAAUGGGCUUUAAAGUUGAGAAGCUUUUCGAAGAAAAGUGGUGGCCGAUGUUUGUCGAGGAUGAUGCUUCUAAAGAUAUCCGUAGCAUGGUCUAUGGUUAUUUCUUAAGUUUUUAAUGUCAAUUU